AUGCUCCCACAUACACACACGCAUAGCUAACUGGUAUAGGGGAAAGAGAGUGAAUGAUAUUAUAAUCAUUCAAGAUUUGCUAUACAUCUAGAAUGCAUCACGACAGCAACGCUCAGUGAUAAUAGCGCAGUGAGCGGCAACAGACAGAGCAUUGUUACAUAUUAUUGUCCGUCGUGCGUGGAGGUGGAGCACCCGUCAAUUAUUGUAUCGCGUACAUUCUUCAUGCAAACUCCUCUCCCCCUUAAUACACUCACGGCGCAGGCACCCAGAGAACUGUGAGCGUGUUAUACAACAAAAUUACAAGUAUUUCAAGCUGACUUCGCCGGCAAUCGAUGUGUAUUUGUCCUUCAACUUUAACCGGAGAAGACGACAGAAUAGCAAGCCAUAAUUCACGUGCCCGUAUUUCAAAGUGUGUAUUAGUGAGUGUUGCGCGUAUAGGCGCAAAAGCAAUAUCAAUAGUAGUAUAAAGUACGCAAAGCAAGUGCGUGGUUGCUUAUCAGCUGUCAGCAAACUCGCUGCGAAAGUUGUGGCGAAAGGCAAACGUGAAGAGAAAUCAAGCUGUCAAAGCAAGAGAAACGCCAAUAACGCAAGUCAACGGCAAAAGCAGCAGAAGCGACAGUGAUUGGCUUGGAUUCGUUUAAGACAUCAGGAAGUUCUAAGAUACCAAAACAACAUCAACAAAAUGAAUAUCGAUGACUACGAAUCCCUGCCGACUACUAGCGUCGGCAUUAAUAUGACUGCUGGAGCACUUGCUGGCAUACUGGAGCAUGUUGUUAUGUAUCCGCUGGAUUCAGUUAAGACAAGAAUGCAGAGCCUUACUUCUCCGCACUCACAUCUAAAUAUAUAUUCCACUUUGCGAAAUAUGAUCACUCGUGAGGGCAUCAUGAGGCCCAUACGUGGAGCAAGUGCUGUUGUUUUGGGAGCUGGACCGGCGCAUUCAUUGUACUUUGGUGUCUACGAGAUGACCAAGGAAACGCUAACAAAAUUCACCGCUCACAACCAUUUGAACUAUGUUCUGUCUGGCGCAUUGGCAACACUGGUUCACGAUGCCAUCUCCAAUCCGACGGAAGUGAUCAAGCAGCGUAUGCAAAUGUAUAACUCCCCAUAUACUUCCGUUGUGAGCUGCUUGCGAGACGUCUAUCGCAAGGAAGGAAUGCAGGCCUUCUAUCGCUCCUACUCGACGCAGCUUGUCAUGAACAUACCAUAUCAGACAAUACACUUUACGACCUACGAACUUUUGCAGAAUAUGUUAAACAAGGAUCGUAGAUAUAGCCCGAUGGUGCAUAUGGUAGCAGGUGGAGCCGCGGGAGCUUCUGCAGCUGCAAUAACGACGCCAUUGGAUGUGGUAAAGACGCUGCUCAAUACACAGGAAACUGGUCUGACCAGAGGCAUGAUCGAGGCUACCCAAAAGAUUUACCGCAUGGCUGGUAUUAGGGGCUUCUUUAGGGGCAUAACAGCACGCGUGGUGUAUUCAAUGCCCGCAACAGCCAUUUGUUGGUCUACAUACGAGUUCUUCAAGUUCUAUCUGUGCGGUUCACCGCAACAGUAUAAAUCGUCAAUUUCUGGUAAAUCUGAGCUGGGAGAUUCCACACAUCGCACAGAUUAUGUGUUGCCAAAGAACGAGGAGGUGGAGCAGCCUGAGGAAAGCACUGAUCUGGGUGUAACACCCAAAGAGGCCGCCCUGCUGCAUCCAGCACCGCCAUCGGUGAAUGCGGCUGGUGCCAUCAAGACAGUGUGUGAGCUAUCUACCCGAACCACUGCGCCCACCAUCAAUUUGCACACAAGGCACACGGACGUCAAGAGUCCGUACGAGCGUGGAUUUUCCAGUACGUAAGCUGCGAGUGUGAGCGCUCAGAGAGCGCUAACAGCAGCGACAGCUAAAAACAUAAGCGUAGCUAUUAGUAAGAAGCAGAAACGAAGCAGCGCCAAGCACUUGUUAUAGAAUUAGCGUUAAACACGGCGUUUGAAACGCCUGUGGAACGUCAUAUGUCAUACGAACCGCUAUCUACCUGCCUCUCCUUCUGCUCCUCCAGUGAUGGUAAACAGGGGGUAGGGGGAGUUUGCUUCGUUUCGGCUGCUUGUUGUAUGAAUACUCGACGCGGAGUCGGUGAGAGAGUUUUAUCACUUCAUAGUCGAAGGUAAAAUUAAAGUAGUUGUUGUUGUCCACAAAUCUCUCGCUCUCACACACACUUACGCAAAACUCACCACAAACACACGCACACCCAAAAGAACACACACACACACAUUCACACGCAUACAGUACUGUCGUCAUAAGCAAAAUUCUUGUUAAAAACUAAUGAUAAUAAUAUUGUAUGUAAAUGUUAUUUGGAAAAUGAGAGAUAAAGCGCGUACUAUUUGUAAAAUACUAUUACCUAAAAAAAACU